GGGCGCAUGCGCGCGGGACGCGGCCGGCGCCAUGUCCGCGGCCUCCAAGGUGGUGCUGGGCGCGUCGCUGCUGCUGGCGGCCGGGACUGUGGCCGGAGUCCACGCCCAGCAGCGCCGCCUCCGGCAGAGGCUACAUGAAGGAGUGGUCAGAGACCUUGAGAGACAGAAUCGUAAAAAAGAAAACCUUCGCCUUUUGGAGGAACAGAUUGCUUUGACGAAACAACUGGAAAUGGAAAGAAAGAAAAUGCGGUUGGCAAAAGGAUCCCAGCAGUGAAACCAAAGGAUCAGUAUUUCCCUUUGCACUUAAUUCUA